UGCCCUGUCCCGGGGUGCGGCAGCACCUUCACCCGCCACUUUAACCUCAAGGGGCACCUGCGCUCGCACGCCGAGGAGAAGCCGUACCAGUGCAAGUGGCCGGGCUGUGGCAAGGGCUUCGCGCGACAGCACGACUGCAAGCGGCACGAGCAGCUCCAUCUCAAUAUCCGUCCGUACCCCUGCGAGGGAUGCAAGAAGAACUUUGCUCGGAUGGAUGCGCUCAACCGGCAC